GCCAUCUUGGGAGUGGUCUGUGAAGGAAGCGAGCCGCCAGCUUUUAAGAUGGCGGCGCCGGCUCCUUUUCCUAGUCUCCCUUCUGUUUUUUCCUGAGGUGAAAUCCUCAUUUUUUUCCUCAUCGAAAGGACUCAUCCGAGGAUGGCUUCUUUGCUGCGGCUUCUCCUCCGGGGAAGCUUCCGAAGGUUGGGACCGAGGGCUUUUCUGGUGAACGGGGCUUUUCGUGGCGUCUGCUCCGGCCCGCCUCUCAGGAAAGGCCCAGGCUGCGGCCUUCAGGGCCUUCUCUCGCAGCUGCUUUCCCCCAAAUCUGGAGAACUCACUCAGUCUGUGCUGAAAAGGCAAAAUACUCCCUUCUUCCUCUGGAAACUUCUCAAUGGCACAUGCUAUUUUUCUACUUCCGGCUCUCAUCGCAAUGGCGGCAGUGGCAGUGGAGGGUCCAAAGGGAAAUCCCCAGAGGAAGAUGAGGAGGAGAAGCGGCGCCGGGAGAGGGAGGACCAGAUGUACCGGGAGCGCUUGCGCACCCUCUUCCUCAUCGCAGUCAUCAUGAGCCUGCUCAACUCCCUCAGCACUGGCGGAGGAAACAUCUCCUGGAAUGACUUUGUGAACGAGAUGCUGGCCAAAGGGGAAGUGCAGCGGGUUCAAGUGGUGCCUGAAAGCGACAUUGUGGAGAUCUACUUACAUCCCGGAGCGGUGGUCUUCGGGCGGCCUAGACUUGCCUUGAUGUACAGAAUGCAGGUGGCCAACAUUGACAAGUUUGAGGAGAAGCUGCGAGCGGCCGAAGACGAGCUGAACAUUGACCUGAAGGACAGGAUCCCCGUCUCCUACAAGCGCACUGGCUUCUUUGGGAAUGCCCUCUAUGCCUUGGGGAUGGCCGCCGUGGGCAUCGGCAUCUUGUGGUACAUCUUUCGUCUGGCCGGGAUGGCAGGAAGGGAAGGAGGCUUCAGCGCCUUUAACCAACUGAAAAUGGCUCGCUUCACAAUUGUAGAUGGCAAAUCUGGGAAAGGGAUCAGUUUCAAGGAUGUGGCGGGGAUGCAUGAGGCCAAACUGGAGGUCAAGGAAUUUGUGGAUUAUCUGAAGAGCCCAGAACGCUACUUGCAGCUUGGCGCUAAAGUGCCCAGAGGUGCCCUCUUGCUUGGACCACCAGGCUGUGGCAAGACGUUGUUGGCAAAGGCUGUGGCUACCGAGGCCCAAGUGCCGUUCCUGGCCAUGGCCGGCUCUGAAUUUGUGGAGGUGAUUGGAGGCCUUGGAGCUGCUCGGGUGCGAAGUCUCUUUAAAGAAGCCCGGGCUCGGGGUCCAUGCAUUGUCUACAUUGACGAAAUCGAUGCCGUGGGGAAGAAACGCUCCACCAGCAUGUCAGGCUUCUCCAACACUGAGGAAGAGCAGACCCUGAACCAGUUGCUGGUGGAAAUGGACGGGAUGGGGACCACGGAUCACGUCAUAGUCCUGGCCUCCACCAACCGGGCAGAUAUCUUGGACAAUGCCCUCAUGAGACCCGGGAGGCUUGACCGCCACAUAUUUAUUGAUCUACCCACUUUGCAGGAGAGGCGAGAGAUCUUUGAGCAGCACCUGAAGGGUCUGAAACUCUCCCAGACUGGAAGCUUUUACUCCCAGCGCUUGGCUGAGCUCACACCAGGAUUCAGUGGAGCCGACAUAGCCAACAUCUGCAAUGAGGCAGCCCUCCAUGCUGCCAGGGAGGGUCAUAAGUCCAUCCAUACCUUCAAUUUUGAGUACGCUGUGGAGAGAGUCAUUGCAGGAACUGCCAAGAAGAGCAAAAUCCUGUCGCAGGAGGAGCGGAGGGUCGUUGCAUUUCAUGAGUCAGGUCAUGCGCUGGUUGGCUGGCUCCUGGAGCACACUGAGGCUGUGAUGAAGGUUUCCAUUGCUCCUCGCACCAAUGCUGCCUUGGGCUUUGCCCAGAUCCUGCCAAAGGACCAGUACCUCUUCACCAAAGACCAGCUCUUUGAGCGGAUGUGCAUGGCCCUGGGAGGGAGGGUUUCAGAAGCCAUCACUUUCAACAAAGUCACAACAGGAGCCCAAGAUGACCUUAGGAAGGUAACCAAGAUUGCCUAUUCAAUGGUUAAACAAUAUGGGAUGGUUCCCAACGUUGGGUACCUCUCCUUCCCGGAUGCAGAAAGCACCCCAGGGAUUGGUCGGCGCCCCUUCAGCCAGGGACUCCAGCAAAUCAUGGACCAUGAAGCAAAGAUGCUGGUGGCUCAAGCCUACAGGCGCACGGAGAAGCUUCUGCUGGACAACCGGGACAAACUCCGGAUGCUGGCGGAUGCCCUCCUGGAGAAGGAAGUCAUCAACUAUGAGGAUAUUGUGGACCUGAUCGGGCCUCCUCCGCACGGCCCCAAGAAAAUGAUCAGCCCUCAGAGCUGGAUCGAAGCAGAGAAGGAUAAACAGGAUGUGGGAGAGGAGGAGCCCCCCCAGCGGCCCCGGGGCCCAGAGGAAGAGGAGGAGGAACGCAAUCUCAGGCCGGUCUGAAACUAGAAGGCAAGAAGAACGCCUCCUUCCUAGAUAAUGGCUCCUCAUCAGGCCAGAUCAUGAUGCACAUGAGUUAUGGGUCCCUCCCUCUCUUUUUUGCACCAUUGUCGUUUCUCUGGGCCACCAGAUGAGGCUCCUGCGAGAGUGCGCAGGGCCAGACCUUGAUCCAUGACGGGCCUCCGAUGGCCACAGGUCUCUGCUUUGUGUUGCCAGCCACAACUUGGCUGAUCCUAAACAUGCCUUUGUCUUUGGUACCAGGGCUCCAGCCUUUCUCUCUUUCUUUUUAAUGCAUCUCCUGAGGAGUAAAAGCUCUGCAAAGCCUCGGAGGUGGUAUGAGCUGUCUGAACAUAAACCUGACGGUCCUCCAAGACUUAACUUGGGAAGGGAAGAGCCUGCAAGCCUUUGGGGAUAAACUGCUUCGUUAUAGAGGCGUUUGGACUGAUCCUGUGUCCAAAACAAUUGUGGCUGGGUCUGAGAGGUGGGAUCUGCAAUGAACAGCUCUGUUUGUGUGUCUCGGAGAGAGAGUAUCUGCUGCUACUACGUGCAUUAUCUUCCUCGAUCCCUGCCCCCCCCCCCUUUUUUUUAAGGAGGAUUAUUUCCAGGCGGAUUAUUGUCUGUAUCCCUGAACGACCCUUGUCCAGAUUCUCCUCCUGCCAACAUGCAAUUUGUAAUUCUCAGGGCUUCCUCUCCCAAAGCCCUCCCUUGUGCUGGGAUUGUGAUUGCGUGCGCUUCCUCACUCCUCACUCACGUUCCCUCCCUCUGCCUCUGAACUCCCCGGCGGUUGUUUCGGAGAGCAGCCAGGACUCUCCAUGGCCUCCGCAGCGGUUUGCGUCUACCACCUAGCGGCCUCUCAAGACACCUACAAGCAAGUUGUUCAUUCAAUACCAAAUAUCUAGAUCCUGAAUUAUUGUGGGUGUAAUUUGCAAGCCAUCCCUAUAUUCCCAGUCCCAUUGGUACUGGGUUUGUUUUAGCAAAGGAAUGGCAAAUGCUUCAAAUGUUGCCACAUCGUUUGGAAGGAAAUUCAGGAUUGUGGAAGUGAUUGAAUCGGUUCAGGUCAUCUAUUGGUCUUAUUAUAUUAUAUUAUUAAUUGACUUCCUGUCUGUCUUAGAUGACUUGUUUGUGAAGAAAAUAAAGUUAAAAAAACA